AUGGCCACGGUUGUAACAGCAAAUGAACCCCUAGGUGAUUUAGAAGGGGGCCAGGCUAAGCUUAAAAGCACCCGCAGAGUCAGCUGUGUGCGAGAUAUCACCUACAAAGUUAUACCAUGCUGCAUUGUGAGCCUUAUAUUGGUCUCUGCUGGUGGUGUCCUCAUCGCAACUCUAGCCUAUAACAAGCCCAUACCCCAGAAGCCAGUAAUUGUAAUAUCUAUUAUGCUUGCAAUAUUCUUCGCCAUAUUCGGUAUAGGAGGGUGUUAUCUCUACCUCAUGAAGCACUACCCUCCUCUGGCAGUAGGUCCUGAUGCUCCAGACCGCCCAUCGGUAAAAACUUGGCGAGAUAAAAUUAAAAGGUGCUGUGAAUUAAUAAUAGAGAAACUCGGUGACGAUAAAGCCGCCGAUGAGACCCAGGCUAACCCUCCUCAUCCUCCUCCUUGCCCUCCCCCACCAGAGACGGUGAACGAGCCGGCUGAACUGCCCGGGUUUAAUGACCAAGAACCACCAUGGCGGGAGGGCGUAGAGCAACCAUCUAACGCACAGCCAGCUAGAAGACAGAAUCCUAUUAAUCGCGGUCGGAGAAGCCACGAAAGAUCAACGCAAUCAACCAAUCAGAUACCUCGUCGCCCCGUGCCUAAUUCUCAUUACAAUUAUAUGCAAGCAAAUCAUACAACACCUAGGAGGUCGGGAAACAACCCUACUUAUAGUCCUAAUCAUCAUGCGGAUGGCUUCCCUAUGGAUGGACCAUCUUACUGUCACGGCUAUCCUUGUACUCCGUUUCUGAGGGGCCCAAAACCAAAAGGGCCAAGGCCCGAACCACAGCCGGAUGUGCCAGAAUUUUUGUGGCCGGGCCGGGCCGGACCACACGUAGGCCCUCAGAUAUAUUUCGCAUAUAUCUUGGACAGCAUCAAUAGGCAAGCAUUUGCAGAGCUACUUCCUAAAGGAUUUGUUCGGAGCAGGCUUCACAUAUUUGAGGAUCUCCCGAUCCCAGCAGCUUAUGGCCCAGAAGAAGUUAGGCCUAAGCAACAAAGUCGGCAACAUAGGAAGAAAUCUAGUGAACAACAAGGGGAUGUUAAUAUACCAAACAGCCCUAUUACCGAGCCCAAGGAUUCAGAAGACAUGAUAUCGCCAAUCAGCACGCCAUCGCCAUCGCCAUCGCCCAAGCAAAAGCCAAGCUUACAAAGACCAACAAGGAAAGACUCCGGCAUAACUGCAAUCUCCCCUCAAGACGACGAAAGGGCAGACGAAAAGGGCAAAACGAAGGACACGGGCUCCAAUUCCCCGCCGAGACCCCCCCAUCGUCAUCGUACUAAAUCGGAGCAGCAGGAGGCGAUCAAAAAGGGGCUGCGCCCUGGCACAACUAUAGACAGCAGCGAAGAAGACGAGCAGGAACACCACGGCCCUAGAGCCCUAUCCGACAUAAAGAAAGACAUCGAAGAAUUAAGCGAGAGGUGGCGGCAACUACUCCACGAAGCGCGUCUGUCGGGGGAGUUAUUCAGGGGACAAGCAUGGCGCAAUGGCAUAUGGGCCGGAUAUUCCGAUUUUUCGGAUCAGAGGCACUCGAGAACGUCAACAGGGGGCCGUAGCUCAAGGUCCGGCAGCACCUCGCCUAUGACGGUCUCUAAGGGUAGGACUACAAGAUCUCGUGACUAG